AUUUGACUUUGAAUGAGGCUUUAAUGACAGUAUUAUAUUUGUGUUAGAUAUAUACUAUUUGAACCUCUAUAAUCUGCAGAAAUCUAGCUAAAAACCCAGUUAGCACGGCUAAUCUGGGGUUGUCAGUCGUUUUAGGUGAUCGUCUCUUCAUCCACGUGAAUACCGUGUUAGCAAACUGAGCUUAGCUACUCAGCUCACUCCAGUACAGUGGUGCACUAAAGGAAAGUCAUAUGCAAUCUCUCAGUGGGUCUCUAAGCAAGAUGAAAUCGUCAGGACCUGAGUUGACACGUGCGGAGCAACUAACAUCUAACUUAAUACUUACAAACUGUACCUUUGUGAAUGUGAUCUCAGCUGCCUGAGCCUGCCUGCUUGUUUCACAUUGAGGUGGACAGUGGACAAUCUGUUGGUACAAUGAAGACCCCAGUGCAUACUUAAUUUGAGCCAAGGUCUGUGGUGAUGUUGCGGCUCCGGUGUGUGAAUUCCUUCCUUCAGAGGCUCCGUCAUGGGGGGACAGUGAACCGAGACCAGGUUUUGGAGCAACUGCGGGUUUGUUCUGCCGAAGAUCAGCUGUUUGAUGUGGUGGGCAAGAACAAGGCCAAGCUCACAGUGAGCCAUGUCAGCUGGGCUGUGGGGAUGCUAUGGCAGUUUCAGAAAGAGAAACCACAAAUGCUCAGGACUGUCGAGCUCCUCAAGAACCACCCACAGUUCUUGACUCUUCGGGUUUUGGCAGAGAACAAAAUAGCCCUUAUGGAUGACUUUAUGUUGGUUGACAUGCUUUACAGUUUCCUCAGGUUGAAUGUGGAUCCACAUGACUCUCUUGUUCAGCAGUUGGUUUCAGAAGCAUGGCUCCGAGUAGACAGAUUUCCAAUGGCAUCCCUGUCCAAGUUCGCCAUCUGUCUAAGUGAUCAGCACCUUCAACACAGUCCUCUGAUGGGCCAUAUUGCCAGAAUUGUGGAUCAGAGGUUGUCAUCUAUUGAUGAUGCCAGGAUCCUAACUACACUGAUGAUAAGCGUGUCGUCCCUGGUGUCUCCCCGGCUUCGGGAUGCCCUCAUUAGCAGGGCAGACCGUCUCCUGGACACCAUGGAUCCCUCAAGUUAUAACAACCCACGGAGAGUGGUGCAGUUCCUCCGCAACAUCAAGUACAGUUACCGGCCCCUGCUGGAGAAGUGCAACCAGAUCCUCUUGUGCAACAUUCCCAGGCUGGACGCAGAAAACAUUAGCAUCAUCAUGGGACUGUAUCAGUCCCUGCAGUUCAACAACUGUGACUUCAGGCUGGCUGUUAAACAAAGACUAACAGAACUGGUUGAUUCAAGCACCGACCCUUUCUCCUUCACUAAACUGUUUGUCGCUCUGGCUCCGAUGGCCAGCCAGGAGAUCAGAGAAGGGUUGGAGAACACUGCCAUCCUGUUGGCGGAUGAGCUCAAUGCACAGCAGGCUCUGGCUGUAGCUGAAGCUCUAGAAGAGAUUGAGAGCAGGAAUCUUAGCUUACUGAACAAAAUUGCAUCAGUAAUCCAAAAGAACCUUCAUGUCUACAAGCCAGUAGAGGUGGCCAGAGUCACCCAAGCCCUUUUUCUGUUGCAGUACCAGAACCCCGAACUCUUCACUAAAUUAAGAAACAUUUUGGUCAACUUUUUGCAGCGCAGUGUCUUCCCCUACGAAGUCACUAUGUUGACUCGCGUCCUCUCCAUGCUGCCCUGCCCACGACUUGACGAGGGUGUGAUUUCACGGGUGGACGCAGUGGUGUCCCAGUGCAAUCUCAAUGACCUCAACACCAUUUCUUUUGCCGUUGCCAAGUGGGUACGCAACGAUCCCUCCUACCGCCACAACACCCCCAGCAAAUACGUCCGUCUGCUGCAGACCCUGAACCGCUGCGGGCACGAGAGGCUGAAGACGGCUGACCGGCUGGAACUGCUGCUGGAGGAGCUCAGGUACAUUUCGGGAGAGUGGUUUGAGGAAAUGCUGGUUGAAGAGACAAUGGUCACACUGCAGAGGAUGAUGGACCAAAUAAAUUGGACCAAUGUGCCUGAGCUGGCCCUCUUCCUAACAAGGAUAAAUCACGUCUGCCCUCCCCUGAUGGACCGCAUCGCCCGUGUGGCUAUUAAAGACAUUGACAAGAUUCACCACUCUGCAACAUAUGCCACGCUGCUACCCUUCUCUGUCCUGAAUUAUGAUUCUGCACAAGCAGACGAGUUGUACGAUGUUUGUAUUCAGCGCAUCACUCCUCAUAUAAGCUCCUUUGACCCUCAUCUGCUAGUUCUCCUGGCAUACUCCUUGGCUGUGGCUGACUGUUUUUCUGAGGAACUAGUCAGAGAAAUCUUCAGUAUAGACUUUCUGGGAAAGCUGGAUGCCCAACUAGAAACCCUACCUGAUGCCCUUAAUAUGCGGACCAGACUGCGCCUCAUGGAGCUCAAUCGUGCCGUGUGUCUCGAGUGUCCUGAGUUCCAGGUGCCGUGGUUUCAUGAGCGCUACUGCCAGCAGCUCCGAAAGAAAGUGAGUGGCAUUGUCAGUCCUGCGCAACAGCAAAUCCACAAAAUGCUGGGUGAAGUUCUUGGUGGCAUUAACUGUGUUCGAGUAGCAGUUGUCACUCCAUAUUUUUACACCAUAGACUUUGAAUGCAUUCUGGACAAACGCCUGCAGCCGUUGCCCUACAGUGAGCCUAGCACACUGCAGAUCUCAGACAGAGGAAAGGUUCACUGGGGGACAAGCUCACUGGAAAACACCAGGGAUGAUCUAGUACCUGGAGCUCAGCGAGUGGCUGUGGACUUUCUUGAUUCAAAGUCCUUCUGCAAGAAUUCUCACCAUAUGAAAGGUGAAGCCCUGAUGAGGAAAAGACACCUGGAAAUUCUGGGAUACCGAGUGGUUCAGAUCCCCCACUUUGAAUGGAACUCUAUGGAGCUCUCAACACAGGACGCCUGGAAGGAAUAUCUAAAGAAUAAAAUAUUUAGAGAGCUUUCUUCUUGAAGGCCGUUAUUUAUUGAAUAAUGAAAUGUAAAAUGCAACAUUAUAAGGAUCAACACUGAGCCUUUGAGAUUUUUUCAGGCUGAACGACAGUAUGUUAAUGUACAUCAAGUGCUCCUUAGUUUUAGUCACUGAGCAUAAAGUUGACAUGAAUCUACCUCAUUCAUGUUAAGUGCCAUUGUCUACUAUGUGCUUUUGUAUGAAAAUGAGUUUUUUAAAUAAAAUGUAACGCUUCUUGGUUAA